AUGAUGAGAGUGUUGGUGCUCUCUCUAGUCGUGCUGCUGGCGCUCCAAACCCAGGCCACCCAGGCCACCCAGGACAAAACCCAGGACAGCCUGGUAACCCAGGACAAGGACAUCCCCCAAACUCAAGGAAGAACCCAGGACAACCAGGAGGAAACCCACCGCAAAACACAGGACAGCCUGGUAACCCAGGACAAGGACAUCCCCCAAGCUCAAGGAAGAACCCAGGACAACCAGGAGGAAACCCACCACAAAACCCAGGACAGCCUGGUAACCCAGGACAAGGACAUCCCCCAAGCUCAAGGAAGAACCCGGGACAACCAGGAGGAAACCCACCGCAAAACCCAGGACAGCCUGGUAACCCUGGACAAGGACAUCCCCCAAGCUCAAGGAAGAACCCAGGACAACCAGGAGGAAACCCACCGCAAAACACAGGACAGCCUGGUAACCCAGGACAAGGACAUCCCCCAAGCUCAAGGAAGAACCCAGGACAACCAGGAGGAAACCCACCACAAAACCCAGGACAGCCUGGUAACCCAGGUCAAGGACAUCCCCCAAGCUCAAGGAAGAACCCGGGACAACCAGGAGGAAACCCACCGCAAAACCCAGGACAGCCUGGUAACCCUGGACAAGGACAUCCCCCAAGCUCAAGGAAGAACCCAGGACAACCAGGAGGAAACCCACCGCAAAACCCAGGACAGCCUGGUAACCCAGGACAAGGACAUCCCCCAAGCUCAAGGAAGAACCCGGGACAACCAGGAGGAAACCCACCGCAAAACCCAGGACAGCCUGGUAACCCUGGACAAGGACAUCCCCCAAGCUCAAGGAAGAACCCAGGACAACCAGGAGGAAACCCACCGCAAAACCCAGGACAGCCUGGUAACCCAGGACAAGGACAUCCCCCAAGCUCAAGGAAGAACCCAGGACAACCAGGAGGAAACCCACCGCAAAACCCAGGACAGCCUGGUAACCCAGGACAAGGACAUCCCCCAAGCUCAAGGAAGAACCCGGGACAACCAGGAGGAAACCCACCGCAAAACCCAGGACAGCCUGGUAACCCAGGUCAAGGGCAUCCCCCAAGUUCAAGGAAGAAGCCAGGACAACCAGGAGGAAACCCACCGCAAAACCCAGGACAGCCUGGUAACCCAGGUCAAGGGCAUCCCCCAAGUUCAAGGAAGAACCCAGGACAACCAGGAGGAAACCCACCGCAAAACCCAGGACAGCCUGGUAACCCAGGUCAAGGGCAUCCCCCAAGUUCAAGGAAGAACCCGGGACAACCAGGAGGAAACCCACCGCAAAACCCAGGACAGCCUGGUAACCCAGGUCAAGGACCUCCCCCAAGCUCAAGGAAGAACCCGGGACAACCAGGAGGAAACCCACCGCAAAACCCAGGACAGCCUGGUAACCCAGGACAAGGACAUCCCCCAAGCUCAAGGAAGAACCCGGGACAACCAGGAGGAAACCCACCGCAAAACCCAGGACAGCCUGGUAACCCAGGUCAAGGACAUCCCCCAAGUUCAAGGAAGAACCCAGGACAACCAGGAGGAAACCCACCGCAAAACCCAGGACAGCCUGGUAACCCAGGUCAAGGACAUCCCCCAAGUUCAAGGAAGAACCCAGGACAACCAGGAGGAAACCCACCGCAAAACCCAGGACAGCCUGGUAACCCAGGUCAAGGACCUCCCCCAAGCUCAAGGAAGAACCCAGGACAACCAGGAGGAAACCCACCGCAAAACCCAGGACAGCCUGGUAACCCAGGUCAAGGGCAUCCCCCAAGUUCAAGGAAGAACCCAGGACAACCAGGAGGAAACCCACCGCAAAACCCAGGACAGCCUGGUAACCCAGGUCAAGGACAUCCCCCAAGCUCAAGGAAGAACCCAGGACAACCAGGAGGAAACCCACCGCAAAACCCAGGACAGCCUGGUAACCCAGGUCAAGGGCAUCCCCCAAGUUCAAGGAAGAACCCAGGACAACCAGGAGGAAACCCACCGCAAAACCCAGGACAGCCUGGUAACCCAGGUCAAGGACAUCCCCCAAGCUCAAGGAAGAACCCAGGACAACCAGGAGGAAACCCACCGCAAAACCCAGGACAGCCUGGUAACCCAGGUCAAGGACCUCCCCCAAGCUCAAGGAAGAACCCAGGACAACCAGGAGGAAACCCACCGCAAAACCCAGGACAGCCUGGUAACCCAGGUCAAGGACAUCCCCCAAGUUCAAGGAAGAACCCAGGACAACCAGGAGGAAACCCACCGCAAAACCCAGGACAGCCUGGUAACCCAGGUCAAGGACAUCCCCCAAGCUCAAGGAAGAACCCAGGACAACCAGGAGGAAACCCACCGCAAAACCCAGGACAGCCUGGUAACCCAGGUCAAGGGCAUCCCCCAAGUUCAAGGAAGAACCCAGGACAACCAGGAGGAAACCCACCGCAAAACCCAGGACAGCCUGGUAACCCAGGUCAAGGACAUCCCCCAAGUUCAAGGAAGAACCCAGGACAACCAGGAGGAAACCCACCGCAAAACCCAGGACAGCCUGGUAACCCAGGUCAAGGACCUCCCCCAAGCUCAAGGAAGAACCCAGGACAACCAGGAGGAAACCCACCGCAAAACCCAGGAAAGCCUGGUAACCCAGGUCAAGGACAUCCCCCAAGUUCAAGGAAGAACCCAGGACAACCAGGAGGAAACCCACCGCAAAACCCAGGACAGCCUGGUAACCCAGGUCAAGGACAUCCCCCAAGCUCAAGGAAGAACCCAGGACAACCAGGAGGAAACCCACCGCAAAACCCAGGACAGCCUGAUAACCCAGGUCAAGGCAACCCAGGACAACCAGGAAACCCAGGACAAGGACAUCCCCCCCAGCUCUAGAAAAAAAACUGGAAAAGGAAACAACCCUAGACAAGGAAACAACCAGGGACAAGGUUCCGACCGGGGGUGGCUGGACCACGAGUGA